AGUACAAAAAUAUGUAAAUUUAUUGGAAUGGAAGACUUCAAUUAGAUUCAUAGAAUUUUUCAAUUUUAUUCCAAUUUUAUAAAAUCCCUAUACCAAUCCGAUUCUAAAAAUACAUCGAAUUUAAUAAUAGUCCCAAACUAUCUUCCAUUUGCAACUCCACUCCUGCUGGCUCGAAAAUUUUGUCCAUGUCAAAGGAAUGCAUUUCCCCCAUUGCCGUUGCCAAUCUCGGAAGAUGAUUUGCAUCUCCCAGAAGCAUAAACAACUCUAUAACCCAUCAAAAAUUCAAACUUUAUGUAAGUGGCGCCUUGCUUUGCGUAUAUUCACGUUCUUGAGGAUGUAAAAACAUGUGGGGCCUUCGUAAUCUGCUCGGAUCAAUCGAUUUUCUUCAAUUGUUAUUGUGGGCAUCUCAGAUUUCAGGGGAAAAUGUAUUAGAAAUGAUUGGUUUUGGGAAAAGAAUGUGUCUUUCAGGCUGAAGAUUGCAUCUUUGUAUGAUGUUCUUCUUUGUAAAUGUUCCAUUACACUGUGAAUAGCCGGAGUCUUUUGGAAACGGCCUCUCUAACCUUAAAUCUGGUUGAGACUGUAAAUAGAGUGAUGCAACCAAGAGAAGGGGAAUGGGGAGAGGAAUUGCAAACACCCCCUUAUGAGGUGUUGCAGCAAAUUUCAGAGGAGGUAGUGAGAGUGACAGGCGAGGCGCUGCAGAAUAUCACGGGCAGUUUUGGCAUCCCACCUGCAGCAAGACGGCCGAGGACACAUAGAAGAAGUCACAGUGAAGUAGUGGUGACUUCUUCUUCCUCCUCUUCAUCAGUGCUCCACUGGGGAGGUGGUGGUAAUGCAUAUAACUUUCAGAAAUGGAAGAUACAGAUGCAAAAAGCUUUGCAUUGGGGGAAUCAUUUUCAGGACGACUCUCCCUCUUUUAAUCCUGAGAUCCUUGCCGAUCAAAAGCGUCAAUGGUAUCAGCUUCAUCCCAAAGCAAUGGAUUAUAAGAAAUAUAAGGGACCAACCUCACUUUUUGAACACUUCAUUAUAGUGGGCCUUCAUCCAGAGGCUAAUCUUAAGGCUGCAGAGGAUGCAUUUGCUAAGAAGAAAAAAUGGGAACUAGAAUUGGAAAAAUCGCAUGACAUGGUGGAUAUCAGAAUGCUAUCUCGCCGGGCCCCUUCACUUCCAUCUCUAGAGCCUCAGAUACUCUUUAAAUAUCCACCUGGAAAGAAGAUGCAUAUGCGUCCAGAUGAUUUGGCAGCUUUCUGCUUUCCUGGAGGUGUUAAGGCACAUGUGUUGGAGAGGACCCCGUCAUUGAGUGAAUUGAAUCAAUUGGUCUAUGGGCAGGAGCAUUUAAGCCGGGAUGAUUUUUCCUUUUUAUUCUCCCUCAAGGUGGGGGACAAUGCUACCCUCUAUGGUGUUUGCUUACAAGUGCGGGAAAUUGUUCAAAGGCCACCUGCUAUCUAUGGAAACUCGUCGCCUCUUUGCCUCUCGCCCGGAGGUAGCAGUCGGUUUUUGGUUUCAGCACCGCGCUGCUACUGUGUACUAACAAGAGUUCCUUUCUUUGAGUUACACUAUGAGAUGUUGAACUGUCUCAUUGCACAGGAGCGCCUUAACAGGAUAACCCAAGUCAUUAGCAGAAGAACUACUCUCUCUGACUUUGUCCCUUAUUCAGUCACGUCCAAGUUAAAAGAAAAUGAUAGGGAUCCUGAAGACUCUGGUUGGAUGGAGUCUGCCAUACCUGUUGACAGUGCAAUUUCUCUAACUGCAGCAGCAGCCGGGAUUAUAUGUGAUCAUGAGGUCCCAUCAUGUUCAUCAAGGGGUGUAGUCUCUUCUCCUGGAAGUAUGGUUGCCAGUGAUUCAUCAGAUCAUUCUCCAGUGAAACAAUGGGAUAUGAAUGAUGGAAAAAAGCUUCACUGCUUUGACGACUGUGCAUCUGAGGCAUCAGAAAGGAAUAAUGAUAGUUCUCAAGAUAAUGCUCGCUCCCUAGAAGGGGAACCCUCUAAUUUAUGCUUGGGGGAAUGUGCAUUGGAUCGUCCUAACACUUCUGAUACUUUAUUCAGUACAGUGAGAGCUAUUUUAUCAGAGGAUGAGGAUGAUGAGUUAUGCCAUGGCCAUGAUAAAGAUGCUGCAGAUUUUAUAUUGGAAUGGGCAAAGGAGAAUAAGAAUGAAUUGUUGCAGAUAGUUUGCAGCUAUCAUUCCUUACCUCUUCCAUCAUGGGGAUGUAAUACCAUUUUUCAUCCACUCGAGCAUCUUCCACCAAUCAAAUUUAAGAGAUCUUCAAAAUCUGAUCUUGGAGUAAGCGAUGAGGAUUUAGCUGUUGAAAUGCAGGAUCUAGAUGCGAUUGCUAAGGUCAAUUUUGAUUUAGCUGCUGCUGAGGAAGCUGCUGCACUAUCGGUGUGGACAACUGCUGCAACUUGCCGCGCUCUUUCCCUUGAAACUAUUCUGACCAUGAUAACAGGUGCCCUACUGGAAAAACAAGUGGUUCUCAUAUGCCCCAAUUUGGGUGUUCUUUCAGCUCUCGUGUUAUCUUUAAUUCCUAUUAUUCGUCCCUUUCAGUGGCAGAGUUUAUUUCUUCCAAUUUUGCCAUUGAAGAUGCUUGAUUUACUAGACGCUCCUGUUCCUUUCAUUGUUGGCUUGCAACAGAAACCAGCCGACUUGAGGAAGAAGAUAUCUAACCUUAUUUAUGUGAACAUAGCAAAAGAUCAGGUAAAACCAUGUUACUUGCCUUCACUUCCUCGGUAUAAGGAGCUUGUUUCAGAACUGCAGCCAAUCCAUGCCAGAUUGGAACAUGAUAAUUCUGCUGCUCAAGGGCAUCCGACCUAUAGGUGCAACGACGUACAGGCUGAGGCUGCUACUCAAUUUUUGACAGUAAUGAGGCAUUACUUGGAAUCCCUCUGUUCAAAUUUGAGGACUCACACAAUCACUAGUGUUCAAUCAAACAAUGACAGGGUCUCACUACUGAUGAAGGAUAGUUAUAUUGCUUCUUUUCCCACUAGGGAUCAAUCUUUCAUCAAGAUGCUCGGCUCUCGUCCUACGAGGAUUGAAUAGUGGAAUGUUAUCUACGACAGUGAACAGUAAAGCGGCCAAGCCAAGCAUGUUUCGCCCCGUCACCUGGCUAUCGUCUUUCAUUCUAAAACACACAUCUCAUUGGACAUCAGAUCAGUGGAAGCCUUUCCCACUUUUUUUUUGAAGGCUUUGAUAAUUAAUAUGCAUGUUGUCUAUAGGUUAUUCAUUUGAAAUUUUCCUUUCCGUUCUUUUUAUUUGACUGAGGACUGCCAAGAUAA